UUUUGUUUUUCUUAAGUAAAUUUACCUGUAAUUCUGUUGUUUGUAAUCAAAAGCGCCUUUACUAAGUUAUAUAAAUGUCUUAUUUUUCAAACAGGGUUGAGGACAAAGACAGUCUUGUAUUCUUGCAAAUGGCUUAAUAUGUUAUAAAUGUGGAUUGGAGAUUUGAGCUGAGGAAAUGCCAAACAUCACUACCAUCUGCCUGUAGCAGUGAUUUUCAGUUACUUAGAGAAGAGAGAGAACACUUACUGCUAUGGUGAUUUGCAGAAGUAUCUUGGAAAAGGAUCCAGCAUUCGAACAUUCACUCCAUUUUAUUUUCUGGUGGAGCCAAUGGAUACACUAUCAAUUAGAGGCUCUUCUGUUGUAUUGAACUGUUCAGCAUAUUCUGAGCCUUCUCCAAAAAUUGAAUGGAAAAAAGAUGGAACAUUUUUAAAUUUAGUAUCAGAUGAUCGACGCCAGCUUCUCUCAGAUGGGUCUUUAUUUAUCAGCAAUGUGGUACAUUCCAAACACAAUAAACCUGAUGAAGGUUAUUAUCAAUGUGUGGCCACUGUUGAGAGUCUUGGAACUAUUGUCAGCAGAACAGCGAAGCUCACAGUAGCAGGUCUUCCAAGAUUUGCCAGCCAACCAGAACCUUCUUCAGUUUAUGCUGGGAACAGUGCAAUUCUGAAUUGUGAAGUUAAUGCAGAUUUGGUCCCAUUUGUGAGAUGGGAACAGAACAGGCACCCUCUUCUUCUGGAUGGUAGAGUCAUCAAACUUCCAAGUGGAACACUGGUUAUCAGCAAUGCGACUGAAAGAGAUGGGGGACUUUAUCGCUGCUUAAUUGAAAGUGGUGGGCCACCAAAGUAUAGUGAUGAAGCUGAAUUAAAAGUUCUUCCAGAUCCUGAGGUCACAUCAAACUUGGUAUUUUUGAAACAACCUUCUUCCCUGGUCAGAGUCAUUGGUCAGAGUGCAGUAUUGCCAUGUGUUGCUUCGGGACUUCCUCUUCCAACCAUUAGAUGGACAAAAAAUGAGGAGGCACUUGACACAGAAAGCUCUGAAAGAUUGGUAUUGCUGCCAGGUGGUAGUCUGGAGAUCAGUGAUGUCACUGAGGACGAUGCUGGUACUUAUUUUUGUGUAGCUGAUAAUGGAAAUGAAACAGUUGAAGCUCAAGCAGAGCUUACAGUACAAGCCCAACCUGAAUUCCUGAAGCAGCCUACUAAUAUAUAUGCUCAUGAAUCUAUGGAUAUUGUAUUUGAAUGUGAAGUGACUGGGAAACCAGUUCCAACUGUGAAGUGGGUCAAGAAUGGGGAUAUGGUUAUCCCAAGUGAUUACUUUAAAAUUGUAAAGGAACAUAAUCUUCAAGUUUUGGGUCUGGUGAAAUCAGAUGAAGGUUUCUAUCAAUGCAUUGCUGAGAAUGAUGUUGGAAAUGCACAAGCUGGAGCCCAACUGAUAAUCCUUGAACAUGAUGUUGCCAUCCCAACAUUACCUCCCACUUCACUGACCAGUGCCACUACUGACCAUCUAGCACCAGCCACAACGGGACCACUGCCUUCAGCUCCUCGGGAUGUCGUGGCCUCUCUGGUCUCUACCCGCUUCAUCAAACUGACGUGGCGGACACCUGCAUCAGAUCCUCAUGGAGACAAUCUUACCUACUCUGUCUUCUAUGCCAAGGAGGGGAUUGCUAGGGAACGUGUUGAGAAUACCAGUCACCCAGGAGAAAUGCAAGUAACCAUUCAAAAUCUAAUGCCAGCGACUGUGUAUAUCUUCAGAGUGAUGGCUCAUAACAAGCAUGGCUCUGGAGAGAGUUCAGCUCCUCUUCGAGUAGAAACACAGCCUGAAGUUCAGCUCCCUGGCCCAGCACCUAACAUCCGCGCAUAUGCCACUUCCCCUACUUCCAUCACUGUCACCUGGGAAACACCAUUGUCUGGCAAUGGGGAAAUUCAGAAUUACAAAUUGUACUACAUGGAAAAAGGGACUGACAAAGAACAGGAUGUUGAUGUUUCAAGUCAUUCCCAUACCAUUAAUGGGUUGAAAAAAUACACAGAGUAUAGUUUCCGAGUGGUGGCCUACAAUAAACAUGGUCCUGGAGUCUCCACACAAGAUGUUGCUGUUCAAACAUCAUCAGAUGUUCCCAGUGCUGCUCCUCAGAAUCUGUCCUUAGAAGUAAGAAAUUCAAAGAGUAUUAUGAUUCACUGGCAGCCACCUCCUCCAGCCACACAAAAUGGGCAGAUUACUGGCUACAAGAUUCGCUACCGAAAGGCCUCCCGAAAGAGUGAUGUCACUGAGACCUUGGUGCCUGGGACACAGCUCUCUCAGCUGAUUGAAGGUCUGGAUCGGGGGACUGAAUAUAAUUUUCGAGUGGCUGCUCUAACAGUAAAUGGCACAGGCCCGGCUACUGACUGGCUGUCUACUGAAACUUUUGAAAGUGACUUAGAUGAAACUCGUGUUCCUGAAGUACCUAGUUCUCUUCAUGUCCGCCCACUUGUCACCAGCAUCGUAGUAAGCUGGACUCCUCCAGAGAACCAGAACAUUGUGGUCAGAGGUUAUGCCAUUGGUUAUGGCAUUGGCAGCCCACAUGCACAGACCAUCAAAGUGGACUAUAAACAGCGCUAUUACACCAUCGAAAAUCUGGAUCCCAGCUCUCACUAUGUGAUUACCUUAAAAGCAUUCAACAAUGUGGGUGAAGGCAUCCCCCUGUAUGAGAGUGCUGUGACCAGACCUCACACAGUGCCAGAUCCCACUCCCAUGAUGCCGCCAGUGGGAGUCCAGGCUUCCAUUCUGAGUCAUGACACCAUAAGGAUUACGUGGGCAGACAAUUCACUGCCCAAACACCAGAAGAUUACAGACUCGAGGUACUACACAGUCCGAUGGAAAACCAACAUCCCAGCAAACACCAAGUACAAGAAUGCAAAUGCAACUACUUUGAGUUAUUUGGUGACUGGUUUAAAAGCAAAUACACUCUAUGAAUUCUCUGUGAUGGUGACCAAAGGUCGAAGAUCAAGCACAUGGAGUAUGACAGCCCAUGGGACCACCUUUGAAUUAGUUCCUACUUCUCCGCCCAAGGAUGUGACAGUUGUGAGUAAAGAGGGAAAACCUAGGACCAUAAUUGUAAAUUGGCAGCCUCCUUCUGAAGCCAAUGGCAAAAUUACAGGUUACAUCAUAUAUUACAGCACAGAUGUGAAUGCAGAGAUACAUGAUUGGGUUAUUGAACCUGUUGUGGGCAACAGGCUGACUCACCAGAUACAGGAGCUAACACUGGACACACCGUACUACUUCAAAAUCCAGGCUCGGAACUCAAAGGGCAUGGGGCCCAUGUCUGACGCUGUGCAAUUUAGAACACCUAAAGCCUCAGGGUCUGCAGGAAAAGGAAGCCGGCUGCCAGACCUGGGAUCUGACUACAAACCUCCCAUGAGCGGCAGUAACAGCCCCCAUGGAAGCCCCACCUCUCCUCUGGACAGUAAUAUGCUACUGGUCAUCAUCAUCUCUGUUGGGGUCAUCACCAUCGUGGUGGUUGUGGUCAUUGCUGUCUUUUGCACCAGGCGCACCACCUCUCACCAGAAAAAGAAACGAGCUGCUUGUAAGUCAGUGAAUGGCUCCCACAAGUACAAAGGGAACUCCAAAGAUGUCAAACCCCCAGACCUCUGGAUCCAUCAUGAGAGACUGGAGCUGAAACCCAUUGAUAAGUCUCCAGAUCCAAAUCCCAUCAUGACUGAUACUCCAAUUCCUCGUAACUCUCAAGAUAUUACACCAGUUGACAAUUCCAUGGACAGCAACAUCCAUCAAAGGCGGAAUUCAUACAGAGGGCAUGAAUCAGAGGACAGCAUGUCUACACUGGCUGGAAGGCGGGGAAUGAGACCAAAAAUGAUGAUGCCCUUUGACUCUCAGCCACCCCAGCCUGUGAUUAGUGCCCAUCCCAUCCAUUCCCUCGAUAACCCCCACCAUCAUUUCCACUCCAGCAGCCUCGCUUCUCCAGCUCGCAGUCAUCUCUACCACCCAGGCAGCCCAUGGCCCAUUGGCACAUCCAUGUCCCUUUCAGACAGGGCCAAUUCCACAGAAUCUGUUCGAAAUACCCCCAGCACUGACACCAUGCCAGCUUCCUCGUCUCAGACAUGCUGUACUGAUCACCAAGAUCCUGAAGGUGCUACCAGCUCCUCUUAUUUGGCCAGCUCCCAAGAGGAAGAUUCAGGCCAGAGUCUUCCUACCGCCCACGUUCGCCCUUCCCACCCACUGAAGAGCUUUGCUGUGCCGGCCAUUCCACCCCCAGGUCCUCCCACCUAUGAUCCGGCGCUGCCAAGCACACCAUUACUGUCCCAGCAAGCUCUGAACCAUCACAUUCACUCGGUGAAGACGGCCUCCAUUGGGACUUUAGGAAGGAGCAGGCCUCCUAUGCCCGUGGUGGUUCCCAAUGCCCCUGAAGUGCAGGAGACCACAAGGAUGCUGGAAGACUCCGAAAGUAGCUAUGAACCAGAUGAGCUGACCAAAGAGAUGGCCCACCUGGAAGGACUAAUGAAGGACCUAAAUGCCAUCACGACAGCAUGACGUCCUUCACCAGGACGUGACUCCAGAACUGAGUCUAGAAGUCUUGGGACUUAGCCUUGGAAACAAGGAAUUGUACAGAGCUCUACAAGGGGACAGCACUUGAGAACACAGAGUGAGCAUGCAGACCAGCUGGCACCCAGAGUCGGGCUGCCUCCAGCUGUGGCCACGUGCCUGCCCCUGGUCAGCCCGGAAGAAGCACAUGUCGAGGCAGCUUCCCUUUACCUGCUGACACCCUGCAGGACUGGGCAUCGUGGGCCAAAGCUGCGUGUCUAGGGAAGGGGCAGGACAUGCAGCCUCCAUUUCACUUCGUGGUCAGGCUGUGUCUUCGUGCUGUGACUGCAUCGCCUUUGUGGAGUGUUGACAUUGGCAUUUAUGUACAGUUUUAUCUGGGUCCUAUUCUACCUUCAGAAGAAAAACUAUCAAAACCAAGGAAGUCCGUGUUCUCCACAAGUGGUUGACAUUUGACUACUUGUCUGAAUUGUGUAUGGAAAGUCAUCAACAGUGUGGGUUGUUCCAGGGGUCGGCUUGUUUUUUGUUUUGUUUUUUAAUUGAGUCAUUGCAUCCUCUACCAACUGCUAACCCAUCACUCUGAGGGGGAGGAAAUGUUGCAUUGCUGUUUGUAAGCUUUUUUAUUAUUUUUUUAAUUUUAAUUAUUAAAGGCCUGACUUUCUCCUCUCAUCACUGUGAGAUUACAGAUCUAUUUGAAUGAUAUGUAACAUUGAAAGGACUUGUUUGUUGCUUCUGUGCAGUUUCAGUAUUGGGGUGGGGGUGGGGAGGGUUGGGAAUAGGAAGUGGAGGGGCUGCUGAGGUCCUGUGAGUGUAUCUGUCAUUGUACCUUCUUCCAGAAGCCUGCAGAGAAUGGAAGCAUCUACGUUAUUGUCCCUUCCUGGCAUGUCCAUCUCUAUUGUCACUAAGUUGCAACUAGAGUUUCAUGUGGACCUAGUUUAAAAGUUCUGUGCAAUAGGUGGGUUUGAGGAUUUAGCUGCCCCAAUGUCUUGGUCAGAUCCUGAUGAGAGUGCCCGUGCUGAGCGUCAGGUACUGUAUUUCCACUUGCAGGAGUGAUGCAGAACAAGGCCCAGCCCUCGCUCCUAGGCAUUCAGAGAACAGGGUGGAUCCCUUUUCCUGCUGUUAUCAUCUGUUCCCACUGGGAAAGCUGGGGGUUAAGGAAGGAACUUUGUUUCCACUUAGGACUCCUUGCUUCUCUCCAGUUCCUGUCCUCAGCUGGUCCAGCUCUCACUUCCACGGUGCAGAACCCCUUAGGGAAAUCAUUAGCAAGAAUGAGGCACGCAGGGGCUGCAGUACCCCUGAGGCUCCCCGCUUCUUUCUGAACGAGGACAGGGACAGUGGAGAGGGCACAGGAGGCAGCUGCGCCUCCUCCAUCCCACAGCUCCACGAAGCCCUUGGUUAGAAUGGGCAGCAGGAAGUUUCUGAGGUACACUGAGUGGCCUGGCCAUACACAGAAGCCUUUCCCUUUACAAGUAAUUCUUGUCUUUUUCUUAAAAAGGUAAGGAGCUGAGAUGUUAAGAGUUUUUUUAAAAUACUAAGAAUAUAUUAUGAAAAAAUACAGUACAGACCCCCUCCUCCCCAGCAAAUCCCCGGAGAGAGUGUGGAAGGCAGUAUAGAAGGCCAGCCAAGAGGUCAGCUGGUGAGCGCAACCGUGGGUACCCCAGCCCACCUGCGCUGGGGCCCUGAGCACAGCCCCACCCCACAGGCAUCCCUAAAGUUAUUUUCCCCUUUUAGGUCUUCUCAUCCAUUUACUUUGUUAGACGAUGAACUCUUCGUAUUUAUUAUUUUGGGGCAAUGAAAAGUGCAAUGCUGGCACUCCUGCUGCCGUGCUCCUGGUCACAGGGUGGUGCCAGGCAGGGUUCUGCAAGACCAGUGCACUUAAACGGAUCCUGAAAAGAGCACUCCAAGCACUCUGGGCACCAGGAGGGCUGAUUCCCCAGGAGCUGUCUCACUUUCGCCCAAAGAAAUGUGCUCCGCGUUCAGGGCAUUUCCUCCCAUGAAUCCUGACACCUGUUACCUCAGGGCCUUGGUACCUGGACACUACCACAGAGCUGGGGCGGGUGGGGGGCCUAUUUUUAAAUAAAGUAACUGCUCAAAGUUGGGGAUUUUUUAAAAUUAAGAAAAAGGAAAGCUAUUCUGUAUUGCACCUUUUCACAAUUUAAUACAUUUUCUUACAUUUCCUGUGAUUUUUGAAAUGAAACCAUCGUGCGUCUUGUCCUAGGUGAACAGCUGAUCAGCAGCUUCCUCCGGGAGGAUCUGAAACAGAUAUGUCUCCCUCCUUGUUGCCUGCUGGGGGGCUGGAGGGCUUCUGGGACAACUUGCUGUACACAUGUUCGGCCUUUUCUGUAGUUGAUAUUGUAAACUCUAUGGCUUUUAAAACACAAUUUCAUGUUUUUAUUUAGUAUUGGAAAUCCAAUACACUUUUUUAAUCCAAUCAAA